AUGACAGACAGCUUGGUCUUGUCUUCCAAAUCUGGAGAGGUGACAGGUAGCCUGUCCAGAAUGAAACGAGGCAUCCUGUUUCCCAGCGGAGUCAAACUGUGCUCUCAGGAGACUGUGAAGCAAGCGCUCCAGAACCACCUGGACUACUUUCACCUGAGAGUGUGUCAGGAGACUAUCUGGGAGGCAUUUAAGAUCUUCUGGGACAGGCUUCCCAAAAGAGACGAGUACCAGCUGUGGAUUAGCAGGUGCCAGAAUGGCAGUGUUAGCGCGUUUGAUAUUGGCAGGAGCUUCAGUCAGUCCCCGGAGCAUCUCGCCAUCAUCGCCAGUAGAGUGCAAAUGGCUUCAGCAACAAGCCAACAGACUACAGCUGACCCUACAAAAGCUGACAUCAUCUCCACCGCUGAUGGAGAACCCAUAGUGUCCACAGAGAAGGCUUUGGAUCUUGUGACAGAAGCCAUAGCACCUGAAGAAGAGGCUACAGUCACUCCAACAGAAGCUAUAACAACCACAGAAACAUUUACUGGUGCUCCAACACAAGUGGUAGUACCCACACAACAGUCUACGGGUACUCCAGACAUAACUAUAGUAAAUUUAGGGGAUUAUGGAAAUACUCCAACACAAGCAAUAGUACAGACAGACCAGUCUACCAGUAUUGCAACAGAAGUAAUAGCAACAUCCAAAAAGUCUACAGUAACUCCAACCAAAGCUACAGAAUUAACAACACAGACUAAAACACAUUUAAUCCCAACCUCCACUAUUGCCUCAGAGUUUGAGGUCACUGUAGAGGACAGUGAUAAACCUGCUUUCAGUUUAACCACUCAAGAUUCACACAGGGUAAAUCCUGAUUCUCUGACAGAAGUUACCAGUCAGGCAACUGAGCAGAUAAGCCCAGGGACUGAAUUGGAAGGUAACCAUAAUGCCCCUGAAAUGCCUUUGAAUACUACUGCAGUUGCCUUUGACAGUGAUGAGGAUGCUGGUACUGUUGAAGUUGCUGUCAAUUCUGGUUUAGGGGAAACCAAAGUAGAAACAGAGGAGGAAUUAGACGAGGAAAGUGUGCAGGUAGAUGAUGGUGGUGGUGAAGCAGCACUACAGUCUUCACCCAGCCCUACUGUAGAGAUCACACUUGAACCUUGGAUAGAUGAGCAACCAGAAAGCACCCAACCAGAUGACUCUCUAGACAAGUCACUAGAUGAACCACCACUUUCUAGUAGGGAAGACACACUUGAAGGUGAUGAUUCCACAUCUGGGUCUGUUAUUGUGGAAGAGGUAUCUGGGACAGCUGAGGAUCCAUAUAAAAUUGAUAAGGAUUCAUCAGAGAAGACGGAAGAUGAUACACGUGUAAAGAUUAGUAAUGAUGUUGAUGAUGUCAGAUUGGAGAUUGUUGGAGGUGAGGUCACUGAAUACAGUGUCCCUGAAGAGGAGGGUACCUUUGCAGGGGCUGAAGUGUUACUUGAGGCCCCCACAAAUGAGCUGACCUUAGGAGAGAAUACACCUGUAGCUGAAGAUGUACAUGCUUCUGCCAGUGCAGACAUUGCAUUUAAUUUUACAGUAAAGGAUAAUUCCAAAGAUGUACCUAAAGACGAUGGAAGUUAUGAACUUGAUGUUUCAUUUGAUGGAACACCUGUGGAUAUAACAGAAGAUGCAACUGAAUCCAUAACUUUGGUUGAAAAUACAGGUCAAGCACAAUCAGAAGUGAAUGUAACGACUGCAGUCCACGAAGUGCCACCCAAACCUAUGGGUGAUAUUACAGCUGUUGAAAAUGACAAACCUGCCUCCACUGGUAAAAUCGAGCCAUCUGAGUUUAUACUCGAGACUAAUGGUAAAGAUGACACACUUGCUUCCACGCUUCAACCCAGUGUCAUCAUUCUGGAUGUUGAAGAUUUCACGCCCGAGGUUACACCUACAACUCAAGAAUACACAUCUGGAACCAAUAGCAUGGAAACUGACAAAGAAGAUACCCCUGAAGAGAAUUUACUUGAAUAUACAGUUGAAGAGAAGACACCUAAGGUUCUUGAGGACACAAUAACAACCUUACAUGAAAUGACAAUUACAGAAGAUACUAACAUGUCCGUAGAUACAGAGGAAGAUUCUAACACAUUAGCUGUACCUGACGCUGCACCUCAUGCUGUGAUUCCUGAUGAUACAACUUCAGAGUUAACUGAAACUUUAGACACAUCAACGGGGACAUUAAAACAGGAUGACACACCUGCACCAUCAGUUGAGAAAUCUACUGUGGACCUAAAUGAACUGACAACCAGCAUGCAGCAAAGCAGUAUCCCAUCCCCAGUACAAGCAUCCACACAAAUCUCCAAUAACAUAAUAGAUGAAGGGAAUAUGAUUGGCAAUGAAAUUGAUGAUCUUUUGCUACGUCCUGUGCGCCCAAUAAUGGACCAAGUGGUGGAGCUGAACAUUAAACUCAGAGGAGAGACAUAUGAUGAUGCUCUGAGAGAUCCAUCAAGCCCAUACUUCCAGCAUCUGUCUGAACAGUUCGUUGAAAAGGUGCGCCACAGGCUUCCUGUAGGAGGACUUGCAGUGGUGGUCCAUUACGCCAUUGUCCUGGAAGGAGACGUAGCAGGCAUUAACAACGAGACCAUGACCGACAUCACACUCAGGUCCAACCAGGUGGAGAAAUCCUACACAGAACUGGAGGAGCUGCCCACCGUGGUCUACACUGUCACAGACUUACGCCAUUACAUCACACAGGCACUGCACAAAGAGGGCCAUGGGAACAAUGGAAACACCAGUUUGGAUGUGGACCCUGACUCGCUGCAGCUGGAAAAUGUGGAGACACUGCCGCUUUCCAAACCAACCAGCAGACCGCUCGACUCCAGUAACAUGAUGGUGAGUUCAGGGUCAAUGGACAAUGUGCUUGCUGCAGAAAAGCCACCCGAUAUUCCUGGACUGGACUUCACCAAUAAUGAUGUCUUCAUCAAUAACGAGGAUUUCCUAUUUGACAACUUGCACCCGUAUCACCCCUGGAUGGGCACUCAGACUGAGGUGGCUAGUGAAAAUGACAUUAUUUUUGAAAACAAUCCACUUACACCGCUUACGGAGAUCCCACUUCAUAGGACAAUUGAUGUAGAAAGGAUCUCCAAAACCGAUGAGACCAGCAUAGAUUCCACACUCAUCACUGAAAAUGAUAUUGCAAUUGAAAAAGAAGGCUUCCUAGAAACCACAACCCCUGCUAUUCCUGUUACUGUGACUGAGGAGGUCCAUCCUACGCCAUUUGAGGCUAAGAGUACUGCAACAGAAAUGCCUCAUGUAAAACUUCCAGGAGCAAAAUAUUCAGUAGAAGAUAAGCACACAGACAUAGGAUCUGGUUUCUCCAGCAAUGACCAAAUCCUUGACAUAUUUCCAUGGAUAACAGACCGGCCUUCGGUAAGCAUAGAGAAUGAUGUUUCAAAAGCUAAAGAUGAUCAUGAAGACCAUGAAAUGAAAAACAUCAAAGGAGGAUCAGAAUCAGAUAUUGCUGUCCAUCAAACAGCAUCUGAAGUACCAUUACAAGACAAUGUUCUUAUGACUCAAGACAUUCACCAUCUCCCUCAGGACACAUCCACAGAACAGGCACCAGGGUUCUUACCUAUGACGACCUUGAUGGUGGACCUUUCAGUGCAGACUAAAGAGAUUUCUGAUCAGUACCCAGGUGAACUCUCCACUUCGGUUGCUGCUGCGACUGAACUGCCAGAAAAUGUGCAUCCUACUACCAAUAGUCCUUUCACAGAAGGAUCAACAGUCCAGAGCUCAGAAAUGAAUCCUAAAAAUGAAAACUUUAGUCCCACUUCACCAACAGUGAUGCUCAUAAGAGAAACAUCUACCAAUCUUAAAUCAGAGGAUGCUACAACAGAAACACUACAACAGGCCACAGAACCUCCUUUUGUUCUUGGCAUAAAGACUGAUACCGUAGAAGAAUCUCCCAUUGUCCCUGCAACAAGAGAACCUAUCAGUGAAGCUGUGACCCGUUUGCCAGAGAUUUUUGAGUUUGAGAAUUUGAAGGAUGGGGUGGAGAUUAUUGAGGACAUUACAUUUAAAUUAACUCAAGCUCCAGUUUUGGAAUUCUCUGACGAAGAUCUUGUCAAAGAUGAAAUCAUCGUGGUGAGUGCAGAACCUGCAAUAUUGGUCACUGAAGCACCAAAUGAACAUGUGUCAACCCAGCACUCAACCGAGAAGGAGACUCCAUUCACCAGAAUAUUUGACUAUACUCCAGUAAAAGACACAUCUCUACUACACACGACUGUGAAGCCUUUACCCAGUCAUACAUCUGACCCAAUUAUUCCUGAAGAGAUGAUAUCACAGCCUUCAAGUCACCCAACUGUAGACACUCAAAACAAUGCUGUUGGACCAACAGAAACAAGCACCAAUAAUGUCAAACUCUCCACAGCAUCUCACCAUUCCACAGCUUCAGUUACUCCCAAUGGCACCGAUAUCUCUGAGAGAGACCUUCCAUCUACAACCGUACUCCCAAUCUUUCAAACAACCUUCUACCCUUCAGAAAAGGUUGCCGAUACUGCAGCCUCCAGAGAGGAUCAUCUACCCAAGAAUGAUCUUACAUCAACCCCUAGCCUUUCUGAUCUCAUUUUCUUUCAUGAAAACAAAAAGAACCACAGCAGCACAGCAGAGUCUCUCGUUCCAGGCAGCCCAAACAUAACUGACCUUGAUAUGUCCUUUGACAUUAUCCAUUAUGAUGAAAACGGCAGCGGAUUCGCUCAUGGUAAUGACAUGGCUAGUGUCGCCAUGCCAGUGAGUCCUGGUCGAGCUCUAAUGGUAUUUUUCAGUCUUCGAGUCACCAACAUGAUAUUUUCCCAGGAUCUGUUCAACAAAAGCUCCUCUGAAUACAAAACUCUGGAACGACAAUUUUUAGACUUGCUGGUCCCAUAUCUACAGUCCAAUCUGAGCAACUUUCAGCACCUGGAGAUCCUAAACUUUAGGAAUGGAAGCAUUGUAGUGAACAGCAGGAUGAAGUUUGGGAAACCGGUUCCCCAUGAAGUGACAUCUGCAGUCUACCUCAUUCUAGAGAAUUUCUGCAAGACAGCUUACCAGACGAUGAACCUCGAUAUCGACAAGCACUCUCUGGAUGUUGAAUCAGGUGACAAGGCAGACCCGUGUAAGUUCCAGGCAUGUAACGAGUUCUCUAAGUGUACGGUGAACCAGUGGUCAGGCGAGGCAGAGUGUGUAUGCGACCCCGGCUACUUCAGCGUGGACGGUCUGCCGUGUCGGAGCAUCUGUGACAUUAAAGAAGAUUUCUGCCUCAAUGACGGCAAGUGCGACAUCAUACCUGGGAGAGGUGCCAUAUGCAGGUGUCGUGUUGGGGAGAACUGGUGGUAUCGUGGUGAACACUGUGAGGAGUACGUCUCUGAGCCUCUAGUGGUCGGCAUCGCCAUCAGCUCCGUCGCUGGCUUCCUGCUCGUUGCCGCUGGAAUCAUCUUCUUCCUGACCAGAACGCUGCGAGAGCAGUACGACAAGGAGGACUCGGAGGAUCCGCUGCGAUAUAACGACCUCGUUCCUUCUUUGGAAAGAGGGAACAGGUUUGACGGCACGUUUGAGAGUGACGUAACCUCACGCAGUGGCAGAUAUCGACAGACGUACUUCAGCACCGGGGACGAGAUGGGGAACGUCUCCGAGAAUGUUCAGCUCAUGCAAGAGGAAAUCCCGGAUCGUGUUCAGAUCCUCGAGCUCAACGCCAAAGACCACCGGUUUGCUGAUUUUGCACAGCAGCUUCGAGUUUGAGAUCUCCCAGGAUUACCACUGGGUUUUUUUUUUGUUUUUUGUUUUUUUAUUUCCAGACCCAUUAUUGUUCAUUUCCUCCACAGACACCAGACUCGUUAUCUGACAUCCUGAGUUUACAUUUUGCGUUGAAAUUGGAAUCUGCUGAAAUCUGGAUUCUGAUUGGUGGAUUCUUUCUCUUUUAAUGCGCAUGUUCUGAUACGUUGUCGUUUCUCUAGUAGCGGCUCAGGGAUGCAUACAGCGAAUGCUAAACGUGUGUACCUCAUGAGGUUUAUUUUAAUCUUUGGAUGUUUUAUGCUGUUUAAUUAUGUAUUUAUUUAUUAAUGUAGAAAGGUUACCAGGUAUACAUUUUUGGGGGGUUUUGUGCCUUUCUUUCUUUUGUUUUUUGUUAUUAUUAUUAUAGAAUGAGAUGCUGAACAGUUGAAAUGUUUAGACAAACUUAGACAAGUUUAUGAAAAACACAUGGAUCUCACAUGGAUAUUUUUCCUACUUUAGUUGAAAAGGCUGUUUUUGUGACGUGACAUAGCAAGAUUAGUAGCUAAUAUAUUCUGUAAUGGAUUGAAUGAAUUGAGAUUUUGUUGUUGAGGUUACUGUAGAGUGUGCUUUUGAACAGAUCUAUCAGAACAAACACAAUGCAAGUCAAACGUCUGGAAGCAAAACACUUUUUUUUAAAGAAAUUUUUAAAAAGAUGUUUGUGGAAAAUCCGUCAGUGUAAAGUUUUUUUUUUCUUCAUACAUGAAAAGUACAUAACUGCAAACCAAAGGAAUAUUUCUGAGGGAAAAAAAAAACACUUUAAACCACAUGUCAGUAAAAGUGUGUUGGGCUGGUCGUUGGCAAAUUGUGAAAUAUUUUCAAAACUAUAAAAAUGGCUGCUCGCUUCCACACUUCUGGCCUGUGAUGUGUUUUCCUUUACCAACUAAAGAGGUUUAUCUGUCAAGCAUCAGGCUUUAUUUAUUCCUUGUUUAAGUGUAGAGUGCAGUGUAAUGUGGU